AUGUUGAUUAAUACCUGUAUGGUUUUAAUUUUUACCUUUACUCCCCUUGCUCGUUGUGGACAUGUUCAGACUGUGUGGAUGGCCCCCAGGGAAACCCCACCUUCCUCGGUCAUCUUCGUGAACGCCUCCACGUCCGUAGGAGCUCUGGCAUACGCUGUAGAAAAUAUUUACAAUACUGGGAUAUUACCCAGUGGCGUUUUUGAUAUCAUUUGGAUAGAUUCUGGCUGUGACAGCAAGCAAAGCAUUGGAAAAUUUACCGAUUUUUUGUUUCAAAAUAGAGUGGACGUCAUAUUUGGGCCACCAUGCACAAAAGCCAUGAUUCCAAUUGCCGAGUUGGCUGCCUAUAGAGACAUCCCUGUCUUUGGUUGGCUGUCCAAUGAAGAAUCUCUUGAUGACAAGAGUAAAUUACAGACACUGGUCCGAUCCAUCGCCCCUCUCUCGGCAAUAGGAAAUAUUCUCACCAUCUUUUUAUCCGGAUUCUUCUGGGUUCGGGUGAUUGUCAUAUCUUCUGUGGAUUCCGAAUGUGAGGCAUACGCAAAUGCAUUCAUCUCGGAAAUUGAGAGUCCAUACUGGUCUUCGUUCGGAUUUUUUCUCGCUCAUCACUACGCACGCGUGGAUCUAAACGCAACCGAUUCAACGAUAGAUAAUAUAUACUCUGCCAUCAAGUACGAAGGAAGAAUUAUCAUCUUAAUUGUUCCUGAGUCAGAGCUUCGUGCUUAUAUGAUCCGAGCACAUGCUCAAGGAAUGGCCAGCGGAGACUAUCAGUUUCUUUUUAUUAAGACUACUUUACUGUCUAAUGAAGAAUUAGCAGAUGUAGAGAGCACUGCAUUAUGGGAACAUGGAGACACAAAUGAUGACGCGGCCCGCCGGGGAUUUGAAAACCUACUUUACCUGUCUUUUGGUGACGCUUUGGAAGGAAAUUCAACAUCCACCUGGUCCGCUGAAGCCCAUGCAGCUUACCUGUCUUUGAAAUCGGCAUUUCCUUCUCUACCUGAUUGGGCACAGCCUGAUAUAUACUCACCAUUUCUCUAUGAUGCUGUGUACCUCUACGCCCUAGCAUUGCGUAACAAUGGAGGCGACCCAGCUACAGUUAAUGGUUCCACUAUCAGACAAUCUCUAGAAAACUUCAAUUUUAAAGGUCUUUCUGGAGAUGUAGUGAUGUCGAGUAAUUCUGAUCGUUAUGCUUCUAUUACUGUAUACGACCUCUCGGAAUCCGGGAAUUUCACUACUGUGGCCUACUACAGGAUGACAAUUGUUAAUGGCUCUAUUUUUCCGGAGAGCGACAUAACCUUCUUCCGGUGGGGAGAUGGGACGACCAGUAACGAUCGUAUCCCGUUAGACACGCCCACCUGCGGCUUCUUUAAUGAGAAAUGUCCAGCAUCUCCAGCUUCGUCUUCUGAUCUCGCCGUGUACAUCGGUGUGUCAUUAGCAGCCAUGGUUCUAGCAAUGAUGUUGUUGUUGGCCUACAGGAUAUGGAAAAGGCAGAAGGACCUUCAAAAUGUUGUUUGGAAAAUUCCUUUCAAAGACAUCGAUUUCUUUGUAGGAAAACAGGUUCGGUCUUUCAUGAACCUAUCCCGAAAUGACAGCAGUAGUGAUUUGGCAAUGAGGAAAGACAGUGUAGGGACUGCGUCAAUUCAACGUCACCGGCGCUUGAGCAUCACCAGCCGCUCAGACAAAGGAACAGAAUACACGGGAGGAACCACAAACGCUGACACGUUCUCUAUGGACAACAACGUCAUACACAACUCAAAAAUCACUGUGGCCCGAUAUAGAGGGCGUCUAGUGGCCUUAAAGUCUCUCAGGAAAAAGAAGUUCAAAACAGAUGGGGUUAAGUUCCUGAAAGAAAUGAAAGAGGUUAUUGAAUUCAAACAUGCAAACAUUGCCGCCAUGUUGGGUAUCUGUACAGAUUCUGAGAUCCCCUGCGUUGUAUGGGAGUACUGUUCUAAAGGAAGUGUUCAGGAUGUGAUCGAACAUGACGACAUUAAAUUGGAUACAAUGUUUAAGAUAUCUAUUGCUGUUGAUAUAUGCAAGGGACUGUCAUACCUUCAUAAGAGUGACCUACGUUUCCAUGGUAAUCUGAAAAGUUCCAAUUGUCUGAUUGACAAUCGCUGGGCGUGUAAACUUACAGACUUCGCUCCUCGUCAUCUACAAGGUGAAGAUAUCGACAAAGAGAAAGAAGGGGAUGAUGAGAAAUACUCAGCUUUACUGUGGACCGCCCCAGAACUCCUGAGAAGGAUCAUCCCCACUGGAAAGCGAUUUGGAUCUGCCGCCGGUGACGUGUAUGCUUUCGCCAUUAUUGCUAAGGAACUCAUCUGUAGGGACAAACCUUACUCAAUGGAGAGCCAUCUUACUGCUGAAGAAAUCAUUAAUAAAGUAAUGAAUGACAACGAAGCCAAGCGUUUUAGACCAUCUUUCCCUCAAGAAUUAGACGGUAUUCAAACAGCAAAACAAAGCUACGCCAUAAAGAAGUUGAUACAGAGUUGCUGGAUAGAGGACCCGAUGAUGAGGCCAACAGUGAAAACAAUUCUGAAAACACUGAACAAAAUCAACCCAUACAAAAAUUCUAACGUCAUUGAAAACAUGGUUGUGAUGAUGGAGAAAUACUCAAAUCAGUUGGAGGAAAUUGUAGCAGAGAGAACCGAACAGCUUCAGGAGGAAAAGAGAAAGACGGAUGCACUCUUGUUCCGUAUGCUUCCAAGAAAGGUGGCUGAGGAAUUAAAACUAGGUAAACCUGUGGCCGCCGAAAAUUUUGAGUCCGUGACGAUUUAUUUUUCUGACAUUGUUGGCUUUACAAAUCUGGCUGGAGGUAGUACGCCGAUGCAGGUUGUUGAUUUGCUGAAUUCGCUAUACACACUUUUUGACGAUAUCAUCGAACAUUAUGACGUUUACAAGGUUGAAACCAUCGGUGAUGCAUACAUGAUAGUUAGCGGACUUCCGGAAAGAAACGAAAAUAAUCAUGCCAACGAAAUGGCCAAAGUGGCGCUAGAGCUAUUAGAUGGUGUCAAACAUUUCCAAAUACCACAUAAACCAACUGAACAACUGCAGAUAAGAAUUGGGCUCCACUCCGGUUCGGUGUGUGCUGGGGUCGUGGGUUUAACCAUGCCUCGUUAUUGCCUGUUUGGGGAUACAGUCAACACGGCCUCACGGAUGGAAUCUAAUGGCUUGGCACUGAAAAUCCAUAUUAGUGCGACUACAGCGGAUUUAUUAAAACAAGAAAAUUGUUAUAAGAUAGUGGAGCGAGGAAAACUAGAAGUAAAGGGCAAAGGUUCUAUGACCACAUACUGGUUAGAAGGUCGUACUGCAGUAGAAAUUCCAGAAUCUUCUUCUGGAGGUGUAUCGCUGUCGGAUUUCAAUGCCUUAAAUAUACAAGCUGAUAGUGUGAAUGAUACAAGCAAUUCCAGGGUGUCAGAAAAUGAGGAAGAAUUGGGAGAAGAUGAACCAUCCAUAAAAUAUGUAUCAUUUCUGAACAUGCCGUCCCUGCCUAAUGCUGCAGACAUAAGCAGCAGUGACUCUGGGCUUUUAGAACUGUUUGAUAGUGAGCCCGAGGAUUUUCCUUCUACGUGAUCUUUUUUUAUUAAUAAGUGUCCUUUAUUAUUUUGAUAUACAUAUUUA